AUGUCUCGCGCAUUUUCCACAGCAGCCCGGGCAUUGAAGUCCCUCUACUGGAGCGACAGGGGAACAACUAUGAAUGUGGCGUGGGUCAAGAACUAUGCCGAAGAUGCCGUGGACCUUGUCCCCCAGCUAGUGGACAAAGUGGAUUCGGGCACUGUGCAGGGAGACCCUCACACUACCGAUAGAAACAAUGACCCUCUUCACGGAUCUAUAACGCUGAAGAAGGGAGAUUCCAGAGUCACAUCUGCCCAUGUGUACCCCGAUGGGACGGUGGUUUUCUCAAAAGCUGCAUACGGCCGAGUGAAGGUCCCACGCAUCUCUGACGCACCCGAGGGCUCCGGUCCAGCUUCUUGA